CUGCGUUCUUUCUAGGGUUUUCUUUAGCGGUCCUUUCUUAUUCAACACAAGCUUGGAAGAAGCUUAAGGAAGUGCAGAAAUGGCCCCAAAGGGAGGCGGAAAGGUUGCUAAGACCAAGAAGAAACAAGAGAAGGUUGUGAAUCCAUUGUUUGAGAAGCGUCCAAAGCAGUUUGGUAUCGGAGGGGCACUCCCUCCAAAGAAGGAUCUGCAUCGAUUUGUCAAGUGGCCUAAGGUUGUUCGCAUUCAAAGGAAAAAGAGGAUCCUUAAGCAGAGGUUGAAGGUCCCACCAGCAUUGAACCAGUUUACUAAGACCCUUGAUAAGAACCUUGCAACAAGUCUUUUCAAGUUGCUCCUCAAGUACAGGCCAGAGGACAAGGCGGCCAAGAAGGAACGUCUCCUGAAAAAGGCCCAGGCCGAGGCUGAUGGGAAAGCUCCCGAGUCUAAGAAACCAAUUGUUGUGAAAUAUGGACUUAACCAUGUUACCUACCUUAUUGAACAGUCUGUUAUGCUAUCCCCUGUAGAACAAGGCACAGUUGCCCAUGAUGUGGACCCCAUAGAGUUGGUUGUCUGGCUUCCUGCUUUGUGCAGAAAGAUGGAGGUGCCAUACUGCAUAGUCAAGGGGAAAUCACGUUUGGGAUCGAUUGUCCACAAGAAAACUGCAUCUGUCUUGUGCUUGACCACAGUUAAGAAUGAGGAUAAGUUAGACUUCAGCAAAAUCCUUGAGGCCAUCAAGGCCAAUUUCAACGACAAGUACGACGAGUACAGGAAGAAGUGGGGAGGUGGUAUCAUGGGGUCGAAAUCUCAAGCCAGAACGAAGGCAAAGGAGAAGGUUCUUGCAAAGGAAGCAGCACAAAGGAUGACUUAAGAUCAUCAUUUUUUACUCAGAGGUUCCUUUAGCUAUCAACUCUUAUUAUCUAGAUUCACUCCUUUGACCGAGGAAUAUCUUUAUCUUCUCUAGUUCAACUUUCAAUACAUCGAGGAGCUGCUGUUUGUUUUAAA